UUCCAGACGAAGGAGGCGGUGUGCGUGAUUUCGGAAGUGAUUAGUUUGUAUGAAAGCACUAGCCAAAGGCGUUUACAGCCACACGUCAGUAUUGAUCUGGAUACCGGGUCUGUGCAACCGACAGUGUUUUGAUGACAUUCAUCAGCGUUAUUAGCUAAGUUAAUUAACCGGCUACUUCGGGAAAGCACGUCGUUAACACCGGGCCUCACCGUUUGUGGACAAUGAAGAAGGUUGCUCUGCUGCUGGUUGUGUUGCUCGGCGUUGCACAUUUUGCAACUCUCAGUAGAUGUGAAGAUGAUGUUGCAGAGGAGAAGGAGGAUUCUGAUGACGAGCACAGUGACGAUGAGGAGGAGGAGGAGGAAGGUGACGGCACAGAGGUGAAAGAAGAGAAUGGAGUUCUGGUUUUGACCAACAACAACUAUGACACUUUCAUGGAGGGCAGAGACACAGUUCUGAUUGAGUUUUAUGCACCAUGGUGUGGCCACUGCAAACAGUUUGCCCCAGAGUAUGAAAAAAUUGCUCAGACUCUUAAGGAGAACGACCCUCCUAUACCUGUGGCCAAAGUGGAUGCAACUGUAGCCAGUGACAUAGCGAGCAGGUUCGAAGUGUCUGGCUACCCCACCAUUAAGAUCAUGAAAAAUGGGGAAGCUGUGGACUACGACGGAGAAAGGACAGAGAAGGCUAUUGUCGCCCGGGUAAAAGAGGUAGCUCAGCCAGAUUGGAAGCCCCCUCCCGAGUCCACUCUGGUGCUGACCAAGGACAACUUUGAUGAGACGGUUAACAAUGCUGACAUCAUCCUGGUGGAGUUCUACGCUCCAUGGUGUGGACACUGUAAGCGUUUGGCUCCAGAGUAUGAGAAGGCGGCCAAGGAGUUGAGCAUGCGCUCUCCUCCCAUUCCUCUGGCCAAGGUGGACGCAACAGUUGAGAGUGAGAUAGCCACACGUUUUGAUGUCACCGGCUAUCCCACCAUCAAGAUCUUCAGGAAAGGCAAGAUGUUCGACUACAACGGGCCCAGAGAGCAGCAUGGCAUUGUCGACUACAUGAGUGAGCAGGCAGGGCCUCCAUCCAAGCAGGUCCAGGCAGUAAAACAGGUGCAGGAGCUCAUCAAGGAUGGGGACGACGCUGUCAUUGUUGGUGUGUUCUCCAGUGAACAGGAUGCAGCCUACGAGCUCUACAUCGAGGCCUGUAAUGCACUGAGGGAAGACUUCACCUUCCGUCACUCCUUCAGCUCUGAAGUGGCCAAACUGCUCAAAGCUUCUCCCGGUCAGAUUGUCAUCGUUAAGCCUGAAAAGUUCCGCUCAAAGCACGAGCCAGCGUCACACACACUCUCAGUGGAGGGUGCUACAUUGGUGUCAGAAGUGCAGGAGUUCUUCAAAAAGCAUGUGACUCCUCUUGUGGGCCACAGAAAACCAAGCAAUGAUGCCAAGCGCUACACCAAGAGACCCCUGGUGGUCGUCUACUAUGGAGUUGACUUUAGCUUUGACUUCAGGAAAGCUACGCAGUUCUGGAGGUCAAAGGUGCUUGAGGUGGCCAAGGACUUCCCAGAGUACACAUUUGCCAUCGGUGAUGAGGAGGACUAUGCCGAAGAGCUGAAGAGCCUGGGCCUUAGCGACAGUGGAGAGGAAGUGAACGUGGGAAUUCUGGCAGAGGGAGGCAAAAAGUUUGCCAUGCAGCCAGAGGAGUUUGACGCAGACGUGCUGAGAGACUUUGUUAUGGCUUUCAAAAAAGGAAAGCUGAAACCCAUAAUCAAGUCCCAGCCAGUGCCAAAGAACAACAAAGGACCAGUUAAGGUUGUAGUAGGAAAGACCUUUGAUGACAUCGUCAUGGAUACACAGAAGGACGUCCUGAUUGAGUUUUAUGCUCCCUGGUGUGGCCACUGUAAGAAAUUAGAGCCAGACUAUUUGGCUCUGGGCAAAAAGUACAAGGGGGAGAAGAACCUGGUGAUCGCCAAGAUGGACAGCACAGCCAACGACGUGCCACACGAGAGCUACACAACGGAAGGCUUCCCCACCAUAUACUUUGCCCCAAGCAACAGCAAGCAGAGCCCCAUCAAAUUUGAAGGUGGAGACAGAACAGUAGAGGCCUUAAGCAAGUUCUUGGAAGAGCAUGCCACAAAGCUAUCACAGAAGAGAGACGAACUUUGAAAGCAUCUCUCGAGUAGUACUUUGACCGUACUCGGGCCGUCUUAGGAGGCCACUGGGAAGGUGAAGGGAACACUGGAGUUGAAUGGUGUUACUGAGUUGCUGUGAUUGAUUAAUCAUUUUUUUUAGUUUCUGUUCAUUCCAAGAGAUUCAGCUUUCUUCUGUUUCUAAAAGCAUGUAAGCACUAUCAAAGAUUUCAGUCUUUUUUAAAUAAAACUAAAAAUGAUGACA